CAUCUCUUUUUAUUUUCUUGUCCUUAUUGUGUGUCCCUGCCAAUUCAUAUCCUAUAUCCAUUAAAGUCACUUGACAUGCCACGGAUCCAACAUCUUCCAUUGAGAAUCAAGUUUUGAAUUUAUAACUGAACCAAACAUGGAAGAGUACUCCAAGGCUUCCUCUCUUAGCUUUACAGUUAAGCAAGCACAACCUGAAUCAGACCCUCCACACGAGGCUAUGUUCCUCGUCUUAGCAUAUCUUCCAGUGUACGAGGUUUUAGUCAUGUCUCAAGUUUGCACAUCACUAAGGGAUGCAGUGAACAAUGAUAUAUUACCAUGGUUGAAUGUUAUUGUUGAAAGGCCUCUCAGUUCGCUGCUCAACAACCAGAUUCUAAUCAAAAUCACCUCCAAAGCCAUUGGUAGGCUCAAAACACUAGCUCUCAUGAACUGCAUGCACAUUACCGACGAGGGGCUCCAAAGGGUCGUAGAACAAAACCCUCUCAUAAACAAGCUCCAUAUACCAGCAUGCACUGGCAUAACCCCUGAAGGAGUUCUAAAAGCUGUGAAAACACUAUGCCAAAGAAGCAAUUGCUUAAACACCUUAAGUAUAAACGGCAUCUACAACAUACAGAAGGAGCAUCUUGACAUCCUUACCCUGAACCUUAAAAAGAACCCGCCAUUAGAGGAGCGGCAAAAGCAGCAGCCUAUUUACUAUCAUGAACGUGGUAGUGUUUCGGUGUUCAAGCGCGAAGAAAGCCGGCGAUUUAUUGAUUUGGAGGUUUGUCCCAUGUGCUUUGAGGUGAGGAUGGUUUAUGAUUGCCCAAAAGGACACUGCAAGAGGAGGGAAUGGUCCCUAGCUCCAUGCAGGGGAUGCAACUUUUGUAUUCCAAGGUGUGAGAACUGUGGUGGAUGCGUUGGAUCUGAAGAAGUGGAAGAAGGAGCUUGUGAAGAUGUACUGUGUCUUGAGUGUUGGUUACAGCUUCCCAAGUGCAGUUUUUGUAACAAACCAUACUGUAAGCAACACACAAACUGGUGGUGCACUUCUUCAGACUCUUCAUUGAUCUGUAAAGUUUGCGAUGAAAAUUCUCAUGGAUAUACAUAUACUGAUGUUCUAUAAUGAAGUGUAACUGGUGACAAUCUCAAACUAUCAUGCAUCACACUAUGGAUAUAUUGUAACUUGUAUACAGUUUAUAGAAGUAAGGGAAUCAUUGCUGAUGAUAGGAUUUGCAUUCAUGAAUGUACUUAAAGUUUGAUUGUUCUGAGUUAUAAAAUGAAGGCUUUUCUUUAUCCAAGUGAUCGUGGAUAGUCCGAUUUAUCAGCUGUGUCUACCACAUCAAGAUCAUCAUGCCAAAUGAAUCUCAACAGAUGCCAGAGACGAAAUAAUUCCAAUUCAAAAAAUACAAAUUGUGAUUAUAAAAAAAUAAUAAUAAUAAAUCCUAAUAUGGUUACAGAAAUUAUGUCAAAUAAUUACUCUUGGUUUGUUUGUACAAAAAUUCGAUGUACAACUCAUGUAAAAAUCACCGAUAUACAUUUUCAUCAACCUUGCC